AUGAAAAGGAAAGCUUUACAAACUGUGGGAGGUGGAUCAACAACGAGUAGUGGGGUUGGAGGAGUAAUUAAAACUUCAACUACGAAAGAGAGAGCAAAUCCAUUAAGAAGAGUGGAAAGACGUUCAACACAAAGGAAUAUUAAUGGUUUAAAUAAAGAAAUAGACAGUGUAAGACCUCCUCAAACAAAUACAUUUGAUUUCUCAUUUAAAUCUAUUCCUGAAAAAUCUGCUGCAUUGGCUGCUGCAAGUGUUAAUGCUGCCAGUGCCAAAAGAUUGGCCGCCGUAUCACCUAUUCAAACAAUGAAUUCAAAGAAUGAUCCUUAUUCUUCACCAUUAUUUUUACAACAAUCACAAACUAAAGCUUCAACAAAACCACUUUUACCACCAUUACCUCCACCCCCUCCCGUAACUCCUAAACGGAUACCAAAUUCUGGACAAAAAAAUGGGGAUUGGAUUUGUAUGUUUUGUGAAUAUCGAUUGUAUUACGGUGAUGGAAGGCGACGAAGGCGACCUAAAACGAUCACCGGAAAUAUGAAUGGUAGCGAUGGAAUGAACAAUAAUACAAUGGAAGGGGGGAAUUCGUCUGAUAAGGCAAUUGCAACUUGA